GAUAUCCUCGCUUUUCUCUUAAAUGCUGGUGACUGUCUAGUCUUUUUUUUGUUUUUUUUCUAAAAGCCGCAAAGCUUUCACAUACAACACAACUGCAGAGCGAAAAGGCAAAGGGAAACGCUUUUUAAGUAAAUAUGGACAUGGGAACAUCAAGCAUGGACAUGGGAGGUGCGAUGGCGACUGCUACUGCAACUGGGACGAUGGCUGCAGAGAGCACUGCUGCGGCCAUGGAUAUGGGAGGCGGAUGUCAAAUUUCUAUGCUUUGGAACUGGUAUACCAUUGACUCAUGUUUUAUCUCCAGUACAUGGAAAAUCACCUCUAAUGGAAUGUUUGCCGGCUCUUGCAUUGGCGUGAUACUACUCGUCAUGUCACUCGAGUUUCUUCGUCGAGCGUCUCGGGAAUACGAUCGCUACAUCGUCCGUCAAGCACGAAAUCAACUCCAGCACAUCACGUCCGACGUAGCUAUAGCUAUCGACCCUAAGAUAAACGGACCAGGCCCUGACUCAACUCAAACUGUCGUUACUUCACAAAACAAUACGCAAACUUUUCGACCCCAUCUCUUGCAACAGACUAUUAGAGCAUUCUUUCAUAUGAUGCAGUUCGCAGUCGCAUACUUCGUUAUGUUGUUGGCUAUGUAUUAUAAUGGAUACAUCAUCAUCAGCAUCAUAAUUGGAGCUUUCCUAGGUGCUUUUGUGUUCAGUUGGGAACCGAUAGAUUUAAGACCUAAUGUUAAUGAAGAGGCAACUGUCUGCUGUGGUUAGUCAAAUUGUUGAAACGUUGAAAUGGCCGACGUUAAUCGGAUUCUGGUGACACUACAUGGAGGGAGGUGGGGAGGAACGAAGCUGAGAUGUAUUAUGAGUUGAACAUGAAUGACAUUCUUUGAAUGUUAGUUGUGAAAUGCCAAUAAAAGUUCAGAAGGUAUAUAGAAGAAUCAAUGAAUGGCUGGCAAGCAAUUACACCCAGAAGGUCUAAUCAGGAAAAUCACCAAUAACCCGUCGAAAUAUACCAGUAAAAAUAUAUAUCUUACUCA